UUCUAUAACCUCAAAUUUAAUUCAUAUUUUAAUUCACAAACAAAUCAAAACUUCAGCAAAUGGACAAGCCGAUGCAAGUGAAACUCCUCUAAAAAGGCAACUACCUGAUUUCCUAAAAAAAUAUUCUGAACGCCUGGUGUUAAACGAUAAACAUGGAUGAUCCUGAAACUUUGCGAAUCAUGAUCAAAGGUUUUCGGGUUGCUGAAUUGCAAAAUUUAUUGGGUUAUGCUCAGAGAAAUAGAACUGGAAACAAAUCUGAUUUAUUCAAACGGGCAUUGACAUUAAUACAAAAUCCACAACCAUCAAUUAUUGUAAAAAUACAUGAAAUUCACAGAAAUCAAUACAAAACUAAGCCAAAUCAAGUUCCGAACCCAUAUUCACCUGCUCUAACCCAAUGGGGCACAGAGUUCAUUCCGUUGGUGCAAGGGAGUUACAUGCAAGAUAAUAAUACCUUUAAUAAGGAUAUGCUUUCAAAACCAUUGUUAAUGCCAAGUGUACCAGUGAAUCCUGAUGUACGAUUUAUCCAGCUACCAUUUUAUGAAGAAAUGGGUGAAAUUUUAAAAGCAACUAGUUUGUUGACUUCACAUACAUCAUCGCGAAUACAAAUGUCUCAUUUUGAAUUUCAUUUGACUCCACAACAGAUUACAGAAAUAUCUAGAAGUCGUUCUGGUUUUGGAAGCAAAAUGACUUAUUCUAUACAGGUACAUGUUCGGUUUUGCUUAAUGGAAACUACAUGUGAACAAAAUGAUUAUUAUCCACCUUACUUAUCUAUAAGAGUUAAUGAUAGAAUAAAUCAAACUAUAAAUACCGCACCGCGACCUGGUCAACCAGAGAAAAAGGUCCAGCAUGCUUAUCCUGUUGACAUAACAAAUCAGAUAAAAUUAACUCCUACUCAAAGCAACAGGUUAACCGUGGAGUGGAUGUCAGAUUUUGGAAAAUCUUUUGUGUGUAGAAUUGCGCUGGUUCGCAAACUCACUGCAAACGUUUUAUUAAAGCGUCUUCGAGCGCGUGGUUUUAAACCAGCUGAUUACACUAGAGGACUUAUUAAAGAAAAGCUAGCUGCUGAAGCUGAAGAUUCUGAAAUUACAUGUUCUUCUUGGCGUGUUACUGUCACUUGUCCAUUGAGCAAAUGUAGAAUAACUGAACCAUGUCGACCAUCUGGGUGUCGACAUCUGCAAUGCUUUGAUGCAUCUGUUUUUCUCAAAAUGAAUGAAUGCAAGCCAAGGUGGCAAUGCCCCAUUUGCGAUCAGCCAGCGCUUUACAAAGAUUUGACGCUUGAUGGAUACUUUGCUGAAAUUUUGAAUUCGCCAAAACUAACCAGCAGCAAUGAGUUAUUCAUUGAUAGAGAUGGAUCUUGGCAUCAAAAUGCUGAGGUUAAGGAAGAAGAUAACUCUAAUGAUGCUGACAUAGUAAUAUUGGAUGAUACGGAUGCAAACAUUGAGAAAAAUGACAUUGUUGAAUGCAUAGCAGACACUCCACCAUCUUCAUCUGCUGAUCCUGAACCAUUUGUUGUGGAUUUAACCGCAAGUGACUCGGAGGAGGAUGACAUACCUUUAAGUGUUAUUGCUCAGUCUAUGAGGAGAACGGAACAACCUAUUGUUGAUGCCGGAAGGCCGCAAGACGUAAGUCGCACACCGUCCACAGAUUCAGAUGUCAUGGUUGUGGAAUAAGUAAGAAGGCAGUUUUGCUUGCAUAUUUUAUCUCAUGAUCUAUUUUUAUAUGAUUUUAAGUUGUACAUAAGAUAACGAAUCUAUUUAUUUAUAUACAAAAAGCUUUGCUUUUAAAUUUUACAAAUUAG